UCGCUGGAGAGACGCGUCAGACAACAAGGAGCACGCACGAACCUUUUCCAGCAAAUUGUCACGAAGUUUUGACCUAACAGGAGACUCCUGUGUAAUUCCUGAAGGUGCUGUACCAGGCCACAAGAGGGCGAUGUCUGAUCACAGCACCAGCAGCAGUGCCUCGUCCACCAACAGCUGGACCAUCCUCUCUCCAGAGGUUGGCGCCGUCGAUGCACUUGGCCCAGGUGAUGAUGGGACAGAGAGCCUUAGUGAUGCUCCGAGCUUGUCAGAGGACCUGGCAGGGAUGUCAGUGGACGCGAGACUGAGGGAGCAUGAACUCCCAGUGGAGACGGUGCUGUCAGAGGAACUCCCAGUGGAGACGGUGCUGUCAGAGGAGGGUCACCAGGUCUGCCAGGAAACGUCACCAGACAUUUAUGAGGAGGGCCCCUCUGCAUCCGCCCAGGCUGUCCUCACCUCAGACCCAGAGAUCCGCCCCCCUGUCAUCCACGACACCAUCACCUCCUCUCCUCCCGAUAAUGACGACCUGCUGGGAGCCACCCCUUUCGCCAUCACUGAAUCAGCCCUCCUCCUCACAGAGGAGCCAGCCCUUUCUCAGCCUCUCACAGAGGAGCUCGCUGGCAGCCCCGCCCCUGAUAGCUUGGUUCACCAGAGCCCCGCCCCAGAAAGCCUGAUUCACCAGAGCCCUGGGCCUGAAGCUACCAUUGAAGAAAGCUCCUCCCCCGAGAGCCACGCCCCUGAAGUUACCACUGAAGUGACUUCUUUACCCGCCCACCAAGUCUCUGCUGAAGAAAGUUCUGUUGUUCAAAGCCCCGCCCCUGAAAUAACUGCUGAAGAGAGUUCUCCUCCUGAGAGCCCUACUGCUGAGGCAAGUGCUGAAGGAAAUUCCUUCCCUCAAAGCCCAGCCCCUGAAGUCAUGACUGACAUUAACCCAGCCCCUGAAUCAUGA